AUCGCAUCGCGUUAUGAAAGGCGCGCAGUUGCUCAGGUUAAGUAAGGGGCUGUGUUUACAGCCGUGGAUUGUUUUUGGUCGUAACUUUCGUGAUAUUAACCGCAAAAGUUAUAGCUUUUCACUCUGGUGUACACAUAUGGCUACUGGUGAGCGUGAUAACAACGGAGUACGGAAAUUAGAUGCGAAAAGAUUAAGCGCAGCCCCCAGUCUUUCAAAUGACAGUCAAGCAGGACAAGAUAAUUCUAACCCUGAUUACUAUCCUUCAAGUGAAAAUAUUAAACGGCCAAGUACUGUAGAAGACGAACAGAGAGUAAAGAACCUUUUGAAAGAAAUUCUUGCAUACCGAGAAACCAACGUUAGCAGUUGGAUUGUUGAGAGUAAAGUUAAGAACCUCUGUGCUGCAUAUAAAUGCCUACUGAAGACACAUCGAGAUGGUGUCCUGAAAGUGUUAGCUUCUGAUCAUGCUGUGGACCAUCAGAUGGUAUGCAAAGCAGCAACGUCACUGAUACAUAUAGAGCAGCAGAAGCAUGAAAAUGAAUCCAACAGACGUCAGAUUAUGAAAGCAGAAGAAUGGCUCAAGAACCUUCUCACCCCACAAUAUUCAUGGUUAUUCAUCCAUAUGGGUCGCCUGGAGAGAGGAGUAAAAUUUCUCGUUGAUUUGCGAACUGAUAUUUUGGCUGUGAUUUCAGAGAUGGAUGUUGAAGAUCCUGCUAUGGUGCCCAUGCAGCAGCUGAAUCUUACACUAAGGGAGAUGCUGUCUUUAUGGUUCUCUGUGGGAUUUCUCAACUUGGAGAGAAUUACCUGGAGAUCACCUUGUGAAAUGUUACAGAAAAUUUCAGAAUAUGAGGCAGUACAUCCUGUGCGUAACUGGACAGACCUGAAGCGUAGAGUGGGACUUUACAGAAGAUGCUUUGUAUACACACACAGUAGUAUGCCUGAUGAGCCAUUGGUAGUAUUGCACACAGCUUUGAGUGAUGAGAUAGCUCGAUCUAUGAAGGGCAUUGUGUCAGCAACUUCAAGAAUGUCAGUUGAUGCUUCAGCCUGUCCUGGUAUGCUUCUUGAUACUCAUACUGAGGAUCCUUCCUGUGUCAAGGCUGCUAUAUUUUACUCUAUCACAUCUACACAGAAAGGACUUCAGGGGAUUGAGUUAGGAAAUUAUUUGAUAAAGAGAGUCGUCAGAGAACUUCAGGCAGAAUUUCCUUUAGUAAGCAAGUUUUCUAGCUUAUCGCCAAUUCCUUCAUUUCGUUUCUGGCUUGUGGAAAGACUGAAGACAGCAGAGAAAGGCCAGAGAGGGGUUCUGACUGCUGAAGAAGCAGAACAGUUGAGGUCUCAUCUACAAACUGAUACGUUAUGGUCAGAACUGAAACAGCUAUUUAAAACCAAUGGCUGGGUCAGUGAUUCAAAGCUUGUGUCAUUGCUGGAAGUACCGUUGAUGCGCUUAUGUGCAGGAUAUUUGUACUUGGAGAAAAGAAGAGGUUAUGCAUUAGACAGUGUUGCUAAUUUUCACCUUCGAAAUGGAGCAGUGAUGUGGCGGCUAAACUGGCAGGCUGACUUAAGUGCUCGAGGUCUUGGAAACUCUUGUGGCAUUAUGGUGAACUACAGGUAUUUCCUGGAAGACACAGAGACUAACAGUCGAGCAUACAUAGAGAAACAGCACGUAGCAGCAUCUGAUGCAGUACGCCAACUGGCUACUGAAGCAAGAGACUUGAAAGAGACAAUCACUUCCAAAAUGUGACAAGAAAAGGAAUAAAAGCUUAAGUGUUUGAUACCAGUUAUGUAAGAACUCCAUGGAUAGAUCAUUAAAUCAUUGAGGAAGAGUACAGUUUUCUGGGAUAUUACACCAUAUAGUCUGUUAGCAGUUUACUGAUGUUAGUCCACUAUGUCAGUAAACUUCUAUCACACUACAUAGCAUAACAACCCAGGAGAUAGAACUCUUCAUAGACACUGCUGUGAAAAUCUAAAAUCUUACAAAUUACUGAGGGUACAUGGAGAAUGAAAAAUAUCAUGAAACAUUAUUUGCCAUCAGUCAUGAGUGUACUUGCUGGCUAGGCAAUAUGUGUAACACAAACCAAAAUGUAUUCAUUUUUAGUUUGUUCCUCAUAUCAACAAGAAGUACAGUCUUGCAUGGAGUGGAAAAGUUGAAAUUAUAGCGCGAGAUACAAACAACAUACUCAUAGGCUGUAAAAAUAACAGGCUUCUUCUCCUAACUCAAGAUAUUCUCAGCAAAGGGAACCAUGAAUCAUUUGAAAUGCUGACAUAUGUAUUGCGCCUUUCCAUUCCAUCACCAUCCUCCCCAGAGCAUAAAUCUUGCUGAAUUGAUUUUUAAGAGGUUGCAGAGUGUGACAUGAUUAUAUCCUUCCACUUAUAUGUAUUUGCAGAAAAUACAGAAGAUAAUGGGGGGGUUCAGACUUCAUCUGUAGGAUUUUAUCUCAAAAACUACUCAACUGAUUGAUAUAAUUUGACACUGGGAAUCUACACUAAAAGAUGUCAGGUGAAUUUAGUGUUAUUAGUGUCUGUCCAGUAUAACUUCUACAUUAUAUGCAGCUCAAAUCAACUGACCCAUGUUACUGAUUUUGGUAUGAAGAGACAAUGGGAACUUCACGGUGUUGUUGAAUUCCAAAUCAUCAAAGUCAGAACCCCUGGUUUGUUUGAGGGAAGUAGGAUGCUAAUGGCCAAGCAAUAGUGCCUUUAUGUUGGCUGCUGUGGAGUUGAGUCUGCUAGUGUGUAGGAGGGUUGAUUAAAACAGCAGACUGCAGAUUGCUCUUGAGUUUGUUGAAGUAUUGCUGAUACAGUACUCAUCACAGAUGCUAGAGGCAGCCCAAACAAAUCCUUGAAAGUGAAGCACAGAUGUAGUCUAACAAAAUUAUGAAAUGGAAUCUGACAAAUUUAAAAUAAGUUUGGCUUGUAAAUGCUUGAAAAAGAACAAGCUCCUCCCCCUUCUUGCCAUACUUUUUCCAGCAUCUUUCACAGUUAAAGGGAAAGGCUCAUGCACCAUGACCUUGGCUAAAGUUCACAGGAACUGAACUUUGUACCUUCAUAAUAAUCCUCAUAUGCCUUAACCUAAAUCAACAGUAGCUGGACUUCACACAUUCAUAAUAAACCUUUGGUUGGUGGUGACACAUCAUCACAUCCCUUACUAAUGAAGCUAUGGUCCGUCUUACUAUAUUAGAGACCCCUGUAUGAUGGUGUUUGACUAAAGCUGCUGGGGACGCAGAGGCACAGCUACGAGUUGUAGCUUUGCAAGAUUCCUUGCAUUUGAAAAAUAUUUGCAUGUUUGCUUAAAAUUGUUGACUGUUAAUUAAUUUCACAUUGUGAAGACACUAUAAAUACCACAAACAUCUUCACUGCUGGAUUCGGAUUCUUCUGAACUCGAUUCCCCAAGGUUCACAGUGACCAUUCUAGCGUGUCUUCUCUGGCGUUCUCUCUCCUGAAGUCAUUUUCAUCCAGCUUUUCUGCUUGUUGUAGACAGCCCAUCCAAGCUGAAGCAUGUGUAUUGUCUGCUGCCUAAUGAGUCAACAUCUGAAUAUGUUCUUCUGCAUCACAUGUGGCUUUACUCGUGCCAGUGUCAUUUCUGUUGGAUUAUAAUGACAGUAGCAUGGUGGUAGUCACACUAUUUUGUGUCAGUGUUGCUGGGCAAUAGAAUGUAAUUAAUAAUUUUUGUAUUGUGGCUCAGUGCUGUCCAACGUUCUUAUGUACUCGGGCACAAUUCACUGA